GAUGUCACGACCGGGCUGUCCUGCUCUAUGAGUAUGUGGGCAAGCGUAUUGUAGACCUGCAGCAUACAGAGGUUCCAGAUGCUUACCGUGGCCGUGGCAUUGCCAAGCACCUGGCCAAGGCCGCCCUGGACUUCGUGGUGGAGGAAGACCUGAAGGCCCACCUCACCUGCUGGUACAUCCAAAAGUACGUCAAGGAGAACCCCCUGCCACAGUACCUGGAGCGCCUUCAGCCAUGACCCAGGCCACUGUGUGCAGGAGUGCACCCUGUAGGCCUUCCACGUGGGCCUCGGCCAGCUCAUGUGCUCUCAGGAACCUGUUCCCAUGGGGACAGGCUCAGAGUUAUUUUUGCAAGGACACUUGUCUGCAGCCCUCAUGCAGGAAUCUGGGGACCAGCUGCUGGCUGAGGAUGUGUGGAUAUCCAGAGUGGAAUGAAGAGCAGAACAAGUGGCCAAGCCCUUCUUCCCACAGAGGCCCUAUGGCUUUGCUGAGGUCCUCCUUCCACCAGCUGCACAUCCCAUCUAGCCCAGCUACUGGGUCCCUGCUCAGACCAGCAAGAGGGUGAGGGAGAAUCCCUGCCACCGCCUCCUGGAGCUGUGUCCUUCCUGCAGACGAGGAGGGUGUUCCCGGAGCCAAGAAGAACAACAGGAACCCUCUGUGCCAGCUUCCCAAGGUGGGGGUGCCAAGCCUUAGCCACUGCCAGUGCUAACCCUUUCUCUUUCUCAGACUUCUGUGCCCUGGCACAGGCAGUGGAAUGGCAACAGAGGACAACCAUUCCUGGUGUAUGAGAGAGCAGUGGGUACAGCUCUAGCCCAGGCCUAUCUGUGGGCAUACACACCAACAACACAUGAGCACAGACAUAGGGCAGAUGACAGUGAAUGUCUUCCUUUUCUUGGUUACCCACACAUUUUGGCUUCUCAUGUGGGUUCUACAAGGAAACAAGGUCCCUGUCUGAAGGUCUGCCUUCCCAUGGAUCCAUCUGCUGGGGUCGGUUCAGAGGAUAGUGUUGGUCUUCUGAGCAGUGCAGUAUCCUUGGCCCUCUCUGGCCUUCCAGCUGUACUGCCAGGCCUUUCUUGGGUGUCACCUUGGAGAUGGGUGGGAAGGUGGCACAAAACAUCCAUUUUAUAUCCUCUCUUGUGCUUCUGGUCAUCUCCCCACUGCUGCUUAGGCCACUCCAGACAUCUGUGCACAGACACCUUCCCACUCUGCAGGAGUAUUGAAAUCUACCGGGAGGCCAUGCACCCUGGCUGGGAAUCCUUAUACUCAGAACCCUUGAGCCUCACUCACCACUGCAGGCAUGGGCAUGGAUCCCACCCUCAGCAUCUCCCUACCUCCUGCACUCCUGGCUGUUACCCUGUCCUUGAUGUUCCGUUUCCAGACUCCUAGAAUUCCAGGAUAACCCAGCAUACCUCCCCUGCCCUUCUCUGUCUGCCAGGGACUCCUUUUCAGGGUCCAGAGAAACCCUGGGCCUCUAGGACGACAUUGCUGACAGUAUUCUGCCAGCUAUGAUGGCAAUGUGUCUGCAACACAGUACUUGAAUGAGGGUCCUGAAUCAUGUCGACCCAAGUAGAGUAGCUGGGCUUCCUCGGUGGGCUUGUUUCGAGUCCCUGCAUGGUGGCCUGAGCAUUCUCACUGACUUGGAAGCCUUAAAGUCCCACUGCCCAGGCUCCAGAGGUUUGCCAGCCCUGCUGUGCAGCAAGAACCAUAUCUCUGCCUCUUUCUCUUGGCCAAUACUGCCCAACUGGGCCACUCUGGUGCUACCCCAUCUGCCUCCCCACCCCACCCCCAAACCUCCAUGUCCUGGCUCACUUCAGGAGCCUAUGGCUAGGCACUGGUCACUCUAGGCUUCAUGUUCCUUCAGUAGGUCUGUGCUGUGGUCAGAUCUCACUCUGGGGUUUCCCUUCCUUGCCCAGUCUACACAGGCAGUAACUCAUGUGCCUUUCCUUCUCUGAACCUGCCACCAGUAGUGUCUGGGCCAAGGCUCGUCUUGGGACCUGUAUCCUCCCCCUCACUUUUCUGACUUUUGACACAUUGCAUGAUCCUGUUGGUAACUGAUAAAAGACUAAGGCACAGCGAGGUCAGGGAGCCCCAGAGUGAAGGAAUAAAGGGAGAUAGGUUAUCUAGGAGGCAGUCCUCCCUGGUGUCCAGCCUAUUUCUUGGUCCUAAGCACUACCUGCAUAGUGAGACAGCCCCACUUCAGGGGAGUCUAAGCUCUGAAGGCUGCCAUGGCCUGACUGAGGUCUCCCAGCACAAUAGUGGUAAUUAGCAUCAGGAUCCCAGCCCAGGUCUGGACAACUUUGCUGUCUGUGCCUCCUCCUCGUUGCCUGGGCAACAACUUUACAGGGAUUCCUAGUAGUAGUCAUGGUACCACACUAGCCUCUGAUACAAGAGCUGCUCUUUGCCCUGAAGUUGGUCAUUCGGGGAUUCCUGGCCCAACAUUGGAAAAACACAGCAGUGCAAGUUUUCCAAAACAAGAACACAGGGAAUCUGCUCGUGCCAGCUCCUCUUAAAUGGGACCUAACCCAUCAGGACUUGUGUAAGAGGCACAGCAGUUGCAACCCUUUUGGUGUUAUCCCCAUUUUAGUUCUCCUGGAAGCCCCAAGCGAUAUCAGCUAUUGGGCCUGUUCUGCAGAUGAAGGGACAGGGUCAGAUUAAGGGAGUCCAGCCUGCAACCCACACAGCUAGACAGCCCAGGAUCCAAAACUAGUCUAGUCCCUGUCUUCUAGAUGGUUCCCAGCUCAUAUACUGUGGUCAGAUGUCUACUUUGGGAGACAAAUGACAUCAGUAAUACAUAGAUAAAAUUUUUAGUGAUUCCCUUAUUCCUUUGAAGGACCGAGAUAGGGCUCUGUCUUGAAUUAUAAAGUACAUGGCCAACAUCAAGAAGUCUGGCUUGAGAACAGGAACACUCCCCUAGAGCACCAGGCCACUCACCUCUUGUUCCUCAGAUCAGGACUUGGGCUGGUUCGAGACCUUCCACAAGUCCUUUUACUCAGGGUCCUACUUCCACUCAAUGCCCUACGUUUCAUACACAAAAAUCUUUCGUGGCUGUGGGUUGAGCUUUUAACUGCAACCUCCAGGAUCACACUUGGGGGUUUCAGCUGUGUCCUAUGGCUUCAAGAUAUUAAAGAUGCUUUUCUGGUUGUCAAAGUU